AUGGGCAAUCUAGGUGACCUAUCACCACAGGGUAGUGUCGCGGUCGGGAUUCUAGUUGGACUCGUCUCAACCAGCUUGCAGGCUAUCGGACUUACUCUCCAACGCAAGUCCCAUCUACUCGAGGAUGAGAAACACCCAUACGAUGUGCGUCGACCACCUUAUAAGCGCCGCCGAUGGCAGGUGGGCAUGGCCAUGUUUGUGAUCUCGAAUAUUGUCGGCAGUACUAUUCAGAUCACUACAUUACCAUUGCCAGUCCUUUCUACACUCCAAGCAUCGGGACUUGUUUUUAAUACGAUCUUUGCGACCCUCAUCCUCGGUGAAGCGUUCACACGAUAUUCGUUUGCCGGCACCGUCCUCGUCUGUAUCGGCGCUGUUUUAAUCGCGACUUUUGGCGCCGUCGGAGAGCCGGCGCAUUCAUUGAACCAGCUUUUGAUCCUACUCAAAGGCCGACCGUUUCUCAUAUGGUUGGGUUGUACCUUGAUAGUUGUGCUGAUCAUUCUGGUCGGCUCGAAGCUUUUAAGAUACCUACUGCCGGGAUCCCGAGGGAAACCUGUUGCCGCAGGUCUCUUUACACCGCAUCUACUGCGUCUUCAAAGCAGAGUGAAGUUGUUCCGGGGCAUGUGUUAUGGAGCAGUGAGCGGAAUCUUAUCGGCCCACUCUUUACUACUUGCCAAGUCAGCAGUGGAGCUACUGGUACGCACCGUGGUCGAUGGUGAGAAUCAGUUUAAUCGUUGGCAGUCCUGGGUUAUUCUCAUUGGCAUGAUCACGCUGGCGUUAACUCAGCUCUUUUACUUACACCGGGGGCUGAAAUUGUGCAGCACCAGUGUGUUAUAUCCAUUUGUGUUCUGCAUUUACAACAUCAUUGCUAUCCUGGACGGUCUAAUUUACUUCCGUCAGGCUUCUCAACUAACAGGAUUCCAUGCCGGUCUUAUUGCAUUGGGGACUAUUGUUCUUCUUUGUGGUGUUCUGUGUCUAUCAUGGCGACUGGAAGACAUUGACGCUCAUUCAGGUGUCACUGUUGUGGGACCUACACAGACCGGCCUUGGUCCGGGUAUGGGAGUUACCGAGGAACGCUCCUCGUCAUCUUCAGCGCUGCUGGACAGCCUGGUCGACGAGGAAUCGCGUCUUGGAGAACGGGAACCACUGCUUCAAGGCACUAGGUCCCGACAGCCUCCCUUCCACCCUCGAGCCCGAGCUCCGAGUCUUCCUCUUGUUCAAACACUCGACCAACACGAAUCUGCAGAUCUUAACACAGCUUCUAUCUGGGCAGAGCUUGAUGAAUCAGACUAUGAUUUUGCCACCACACAAUCGCCCUUGACUGAACGACGUCGCAGUUCUAGUAGCAGCGUGGCACUCCGAGGACCAAUAGGCAGCCAUGGCUGCCGUUCAACAAUAGGACCUCUGUCGUACCAACGUGUACGUGGCUCUCAUCGCGGUCGCGCACCAAAUCACGAGAACCCGUGGCGAAGAUCCUCUAUGCCUUGGGGUGGACUCGUGGAUUCUCAGCAUAAGCGAUGGAAUGCCUGGGGAGCCGAUGGGUAUGGAACAAUCCAAGAAGCUGAGAACCGUGGCCUAGAACGCAAUGAAGCUCCACAUGUUCAAGAUCAAGCUCCUAAGACCAGCCUUCUCGCAGGUUCGAGAAGAAUGCUGCUAGCCACCUGGCAGCGUGGCCGACGAUAUUUGCCCCGAUGGACGAGCCCGCAGGCGGGUGAUCGGUCCGACCCACACGAGCGAGGCGGUGCCUCUUCUCCCCUUUUACCUAGUUCUGAGGCUCAUCUUCCUUGGACGGGUGAUGAUCAAGAUCCAAGCGAGGAGAAUGGGCCCGGGCCAGGUCUCAAGGGGCCGUCAUCAUCUCUUUGA